AUGCCUCGUUGCUUAUCUGUCUCAGAGAAUUUGCAAGCCCUGGAGUUACCACCAGCCGAGCGAAAACAGCUCAAGAAAGAUAUUACAGCCUUCUGGAAAUCCCGCCUGCUGUCCACCGAUACCACCAGAGUCCACAAAGCCGAUAUUCUCCAAGUGGCACAAGCCUUCAUUGACCUUAAGGGUGCCACUUAUUUCUCAGCUGGAAACCGAACUGCACAACAGAAUAUUCUGCGCUCUGUCUCAGGCAUCAUUCAAGCGCAGCGUCGAAACUUCAUAGACAAUAGCUCUCGAGGCAAACCAGCAAGGCGAGCUAUGCCUCAGAUGCGGAGACCACAAAAUUGGGCAUGGGAAAACAGAGCAGGAGCAGACAAUGCAUUGCAGAACUACGUGGACCUUACUGAAUAUGAAGAUGGCGAAUCAGUUCCCCCAGGCCGGGAUAGUGACUCCGACUAUAUAGAGUUUCUACCAGAGCAACACCGGCAGAAUUUGCAUGCAAAAAGGAGAAAAAUCAAAUAUAAUACCAGAUCGAACAAGCAGGCAUUGGAACCGCAGCCUAUCCAGGAUGGCGGACCCACGGCUCCUCAUCCCCAGGAAGCGACAAGCGGUGAACUGGAUGGUGGACUUGCGGCUCCUCGUCCCCAGGAACCGGCAAGCGGCGAAGUGGAUGUUGGACAUAUAGCUCCUCAUCCCCAGGAAGCAGCAAGGAGCGAACCGGAUGGCGAUGCACUCAAUCAUGGGCAAAUGAUUGAAACUGGCUACAGGGAAGGAAGGGCACAUUCCACUGUCCCAGAGACGAUAGGAUCAUCUGAUCCUGAGAUUGAAAUGAAGCAAUCUGUUAGUGGAGCUGCAACCUUUGAGUCAUUCGGUCGCAGAUGGCGUUGCGAGUCCACCCACCUCAUGGCUCAGGCCUUCACUGCAUUUCUCUUCAAGUUGUCGGAAGAGAGAAAGAAGUAUCGCGACUCGAACUCGGAGUCGGAAGACAUGGACGACCGCGAAAGGUUUCAAGAUUGGAAAGAACCGGUCCUUAGCUUCUACUACAAUGUCUUGAUCUUCGGGAAUAUUGAGAACGCGCUGCUCCACAAUGGCGCUAGAGCGUCCGCUACAGAUGCACCGAACGAGGACCACUCCGCAACCGAGUUGACUUUCCUCGAGUGGACGUGGCGGUUCCGCUCCAUCGAGCAUAAGGCUGAGUGCCUCCAAAAGGUUGUGGAAGGAAUUAUGAAGGGGGUCAAAUUGCACCUUGACAAUCUCAGAAAGAAUGCAAAGGGAAACGCCUCCCGAGAGAAGCAAUUGUCUAUCAUGCGGAGCUACCACAGGUAUCAAUUCAAGGUUUGGUUGGAUGAAGAAUUCAGCAAAGCAGGAGCCAUGUUGGAGCUUUGCUAG